UCUGUAGUUAUUGUCAGCUUUAUGGCCAUCUCUGUUUUGCUUGUGACAGCGGAGAGGCAAAACGGACUACAUCUACAAUACUGUCUCUUCGGGCGUCUCUGGCCUAAUGAACCUAGCAAGCCAGGCCGGGGAGCAGCAGUCUAACCUGUUGUUUGUCAAUUUUAAUCAAGAUUGCACGUCCAUCGCUGUCGGUACCAAAUGUGGAUAUAAACUAUUCUCGCUCAGCUCUGUCGAUAAACUUGAACCUAUCUAUGAUAAUGAUACGGAUGAUAUCUGUAUUGUCGAACGGUUAUUUUCAAGCAGUCUGGUUGCCAUUGUUAGUCUAUCAUCACCACGGAAGUUAAAAGUAUGUCAUUUCAAGAAGGGGACGGAAAUCUGCAACUACAGCUACUCAAAUUCUAUAUUAGCAGUCAAGUUAAACCGACAGAGAUUAAUAGUAUGCCUGGAAGAGAGCCUGUAUAUACACAACAUCCGGGACAUGAAGGUCCUCCACACAAUCAGGGACACUCCCUCCAACCCCAUCGGACUCUGCGCUCUCGCCGUCAGCAAUGACAACUGUUUCCUUGCCUACCCAGGAAGCAACCAGAUCGGGGAAGUGCAGAUCUUCGACACGAUCAACUUGAGGGCAGUGACCAUGAUCCCAGCUCAUGACAACCCCUUGGCAGCCCUAGCUUUCAGUGCAAAGGGAGACAGAUUGGCUACAGCCUCAGAAAAGGGAACAGUCAUUCGGGUCUUCUCUAUACCAGAUGGCCAGAAAAUCUUUGAGUUCAGGAGAGGGGUGAAAAGGUGUGUGAGCAUCAACUCGCUGGGAUUCAGCACGUGUGGGCUGUACCUGUGUGCCUCCAGUAACACAGAGACAGUUCACAUCUUCAAGCUGGAGAUCAUGAAGGACAAACCCCCGGAGGAGCCACAAGGUUGGAUGGGAUACUUUGGCCAGGCUCUGAAGACAUCAGCAAACUACCUGCCAACACAAGUAUCCGACAUGUUGAAUCAAGGGAGAUCAUUUGCCACAGCCCGACUGCACACGUCUGGCCUCAAGAAUGUCUGUGCCCUCUCUGUAAUUCACAAGAUUCUACGGCUGUUGGUGGCUUCACAAGAUGGCAUUUUGUACAUAUACAACAUUGAUCCUAAUGAGGGCGGAGAGUGCACUCUGGUCAGACAACACAGACUUGAUGGUCAACCUUGUGACACCCAUCCAUCGGAGGCUCCGUCACAUGACCGGCCACUAGCACACCCCGGUGCCACGUACGCAUCCACGGUGAGACGCCCCCCAGACCAGGCAGCAGGGGGCCCACCAUCAGAAUCUCAGCCCUAUCAGGAGGAGCUUGAGGGUGCCGUGGGCGGGGACGGUGUAGAGGGACAAGGCAUUGCUGCACUACGAUUGGACGAUGAUAAUGAGUUUCCUCCAAUGACACACAAGACUGAUUGAUCUUUGAAGUUCAUUGGCUGAAUACAGAUGUCACAUUUACAUUGAUUAGUUACAAUUAAAAUGAACAUUGACAGAUAGAAAUACUGUAACUAUCAUUUAAUGCAAAUAUACAAGAUAGAUCUAAAUUGACUGACUUUACUUAGCAUUAUAAUAUGAUGAAAAUUCUUCAAAUUUUGAUUUAAUUUAUUCAUUUAUAUAACAAAGAAAUACAAUGGAUUGGGGGAAAAAUAAGGUUACAGUUGGCAAAUGAAUUUCGUUUGCAUUUAGCAUCAAAUAUGCCAUAACCGUGAUACAGAAGUAAGAUGAUUGUGAAAUGUUUUGAAAGAUUAAUGACAAUAGAUUAAUUAUCAGUUAUAUUUUGUUUAUUGUUUUGCUUUUUAGAGAACAAUAUUUAUUGUUGAAAAUAGUUCCUACAAAUAUUCAAUGAUAUGGUGAAAGGUGAUUUCACAUGUUUGUUUUAGGGUAAACAUGGUGACGUGACAUGAACAGUUACUGUUAUGGUGUUUUAGUGUUCAAUGCAUCAUAUACAAACUUACAUAGGUUGAAGGUGCAUUUCAUUUUUUUGUCCAUUUACUAUCAAAGGGUGAGAAAUAUUGCUUACUAUUAAUGUGAUAUUCUUGGGGCUUCGAAAAAUUCAUUUCAAAAUUUCAGCUAAUAGUAUAUAUGUGUUCAACUUUCAAUGCUAUUUUAAAAUUUCCAGCGUGCACAUUUCCUUCAAAACUUCAAUUCAAGAUGAAUUUAUAUUUUGCUAAAUUGCAGCAUAUAGUCCUUGACUGUAGCAUGUGUUGUUGUCAAAUGAGGGGUUAUUUUCUUUACUAUCCAAAAGUAAUGUCAGCCAGACAAGAGACACAUGUGUGGGCUACACUUGGCAGAGUUGCUUCCCUUUGCAUCAGGAUCCACUGGUCAUGUGUUCGAAUCCCAGAUUAGCCCUGAUUAUGGUUGUGGUUUGUCAGCACAAUACCAAGGCUUGCCAAAGUGGCAGUUGUCUACAACCUGCACCGCUUGGACAAUUAUCUGAUGUUAACGUGAUAUCCGUGGUGUACGAUAUGACUUGAAUGUGUUUGUUACAUGUAGAUUACAUGUCUGUGGGGUUGCAGGCUGUCACUGCCAGUCUUCCAGUGAUGUAGUUCCAUUUCUAAAACAAAGUGGAUUCUUCUGUUGGCAUUUGGAUCGUAUAUAUGCUAUGAAUUGCUUUUGUAUUCUUAAGAAUUAUAUUACUUUGUACAAUAAUCUGUACCAGCAAAUACUGAUAUUUUCUUCUAGUAAUUGCUCAAAAAUGAAUCAAUAUUCAUAUUCAAUACUUCUUACAUUGUCAAUUAAAAGUAAGAAAGAAUAAUAUGGAAAAGCCAUAUGGAAACUUACUGGAAAGGUGGGCGGUUGGGGUAGCCUUGUUGUUAAAGCAUUCACUCGUCACGCCGAAGUCCCAGCUUCAACUCCCCACAUGGGUACAAUGUGUGAAGCCCAUUUCUGGUGUCCACCUGCCGUGAUGUUGCUCGAAAAUUGCUAAAAGUGGUGUAAAAGUAAACUUAUUCAUACUGAAAAGGUGUGAGAAUAAUGUUGGUACAAUGUAAGGUUUAACAAUUAAGACGUCAUCAUUUGUCACCGGGAAGCAGUUGGUACCCUAUUCACCAUACAGCAAGGGUGUGCAUAUAUUGAAUUCCUUCUAUUUGAUGAUGAUAUGAAUACUAUUUUUCUUGGAUUGAUGUGACUAUUUAGUCUGAUAGCUUAUGUCGCUCACAUUGCAUAUAUCGGGUUUGGAAAAUUCUUCAUUUUAUUAUAGACUUUUAUGCCAAAAGAUACAUAAAUAUGUUACAUGUCUUUGGCAUUACUGUAGUAUAGGAGGGUGUAGCAUAAAAAAAUGUUGAAGGUUUUCUACAUGUUCUUUCAGUGUCACAUGGUAAUUCUUAGUUGUUUCAAUAUACAGUUGUCAUUGAUAUCAUACAACAUU